AGGCCUUUGAACGAGAGAGAAAUAACAAGGAACGAUGUAUCGGACUGGGAGUGCAUUUCUGGCAACACCAUCAGAUUCAAGAAUAGCGGUCUUGGAGAACAGCGAUCAUUGUCAAUGGAAACCUACACAUUUGACAGGGUAUUUGAGGAAAGGUCGUCCACGGAGCAGGUGUAUGAGCAAGGAAUUAAGGAAGUUGCCCUUUCUGUAGUUCGUGGUAUCAACUCUAGCAUUUUCGCGUACGGGCAAACAAGCAGUGGAAAGACAUACACCAUGACUGGAAUUACUGAAUAUGCAAUAAGGGAUAUAUACGACUACAUACAGAAGCAUAAAGAAAGAGAAUUUGUUGUUAAAUUCUCUGCAAUGGAGAUCUAUAAUGAAGUUGUCAGAGACCUUCUCAAUGCAAAUGCUACCUCAUUAAGACUCCUAGAUGAUCCAGAGAAAGGGACAGUUGUGGAGAAACUUACAGAGGAGACUUUGACAGAGAGGAGACAGUUGCAGCAACUCCUUCUCACAUGUGCAGCUGAAAGGACAACGGAAGAGACAGCCAUGAAUGAAUAUAGCUCCAGAUCUCAUCAAAUUCUUCGAUUGACAGUUGAAAGCAAUCCUAGUGAUUAUGUAGGCACUGCAAGAUCUGGUACUCUGGUCGCCAGUGUGAAUUUUGUUGAUCUAGCAGGAAGUGAGCGUGCUUCUCAAGCAUUAUCAGCAGGCGCAAGAUUGAGAGAAGGUAGCCACAUAAAUCGCAGUUUACUGACCCUUGGAUCUGUAAUUCGGAAACUAAGCAAGGAAAGAAAUGGACACAUACCUUACAGAGACUCUAAGCUUACUCGCAUUCUGCAUAACUCUUUAGGAGGCAAUGCCAGAACAGCCAUCAUUUGUACCAUUAGUCCUGCACGCAGCCAGGUUGAGCAGUCAAAAAAUACUCUAUUUUUUGCUGGCUGCGCAAAACAGGUGACUACUAAUGCUCAGGUCAAUUUAGUGAUGUCAGACAAGGUGUUGGUAAAGAAACUGCAAAACGAAUUGGCUAGAAUGGAGAAUGAGUUGAGGAGCUUCGGCCCAAAUACCACCUUACUUAAGGAGAGAGAACUUCGGAUUGAACAGAUGGAUAAAGAGAUCAAAGAAUUGACUCGGCAACGUGAUCUCUUUCAAUCUCAUGUUGAAAAUCUGCUCCAGUCAGUUGGGAAAGAUCGGCUUUUAAGAGUAGAUAAAGAUGUGGCCUCAGAAUCGUCAGGUGUUGCUAAUAAUCCUCGUCCCGGGACGGACAAAAGAUCUGAGAAUCUUAACGGAACAACAUCCAGUGUGUCUAUUUCGAAUGAGCACUUUUUACAGCAACCUGAGAAUUCUGAAGACAGCUUUCUCUUGGAUGGCAGUCCUCCCAUGUUUGUUGGGCCUGAUCCAUGUGAAGGUUGGGAGGAGAUAGCUAGCAGAGCUGAAUCUGAAGAUAACUGCAUGGAACUUCCAUGCAUUGAAAUAAAAGAAGUGGAAACAGACCACAAAGCAGAUGUUAAUACUUCGAUUCCUGUUUUUGAAGAAAGUGGAGGAAAUACACCCAUGAUACAAGUCGUGAAUGAAGAUGCUAAAUCAUCCUCAGGGAAUGGGCAUAGUGAGUUGAGUCAUGUUACCUUAGAUAAUAGUCAAGAUGCUGUGCAGCAAAAAACUCGGGACCUUCAAAGGACCAACGACCUUUUUGUUGACCACUCAAAGGAAUCCAGUGGGCAAGAGCUUAAAACUACGUUGCCUCCUCAACUUGAUGAGCUGGAACAGGUAUCGAGCACAUUACCAGCUGGGGUCGAGAAGGAAUAUCGUAGUGGUUUGUCGUGCUUUCUUGACAAGCUAUCUGAAUCGAAGUUAAAUGCUAAAAAGAGAAGGUCGUCCAGAAAAUAUUCUGUAAUUCACGAGAUGGAUGCUCCAGUUGAAGACGUAGAAUCUGUUAUGGAUUCUGAUACGGAGGAUACUGCCAGCGUCCUCAAUUUUGUGGUAAGAAUGAAUGAAAGGGCUAAGUCAAAGCCAUUGAACAAGGACUUUGAUGAUCACAUGGUAUGUGCAAGGACACCUGGAAUCAAUAAACGUAUGAACAGAGUAAAAGGUGUCAGUUUCCAUGGAGUUCCGGGAGCUAUGAUGCCUUCAAAAUUUGAGAUGCAGCAGAGAGAUAUAAUCGAACUUUGGGAUGCAUGUAAUGUACCACUGGUACAUAGAUCCUAUUUUUUCCUUCUCAUCAAAGGUGAACUUUCGGAUUCCGUGUUCUUGGAUGUAGAGCUCAGACGUUUGUCCUUUCUUAAGGAUACUUUUUCUAGGGGAACUUACAUUACAGGAGAAGAUGGUCUGGAUGUCACACCUAAUUCGAGCCUGUUGUCUCUGGAUCGUGAGAGGAAAAUGCUAAGUAAGCAAGUGCAUAAGAAGUUUUGGAGGAAGGAAAGAGAGGAACUUUACCUGAAGUGGCGUAUUGAUUUGAAAAGUAAGCACAGAAGCAUACAAUUAGCAUGGCUCCUAUGGUCGAAUACAAGAGACUUGAACCACGUAAGGGAAAGUGCAGCACUUGUUGCGAAGCUGGUUGGUCUUAUAAACUCGGGUGAGGCCCCAAAGAAGAUUUUUGGACUUGGCUUCUUAGCCGGACGUAAGAGCAGGAAAUCCCAUAAUUGGAACGACACAGUGUCUACCCUUUGA